UAAACCCUAACUUUUUUCUCCUCCUCCCUUUUUACCCCUAACUUCCUUAUCUCGCUUAUCGUCGGACGUCGAUCUAAACUCCCCUCUCAUAGCUCCUCUCAAUUAUUGAACUUGUCGAGUCUCCAACCGCCAAGUUGAGAGAUGGGUUCCAGGUCGAGGAACGAUAACGAUGGCGCAAGCCCAGGGAAGAUUUUCAUAGGAGGAUUGGCGAAAGAUACCACUUACGUUACUUUCAACAAGCACUUUGGACAGUAUGGGGAGAUAACUGACUCGGUCAUCAUGAAAGAUCGUCACACUGGUCAGCCUAGAGGUUUUGGAUUCAUAACCUAUGCUGAUCCUUCAGUUGUCGACAAGGUCAUGGAGGACUCCCAUGUCCUCAAUGGAAAGCAGGUAGAUUUCCAAAAUAUUGUGCAGGUUGAGAUAAAGAGAACUAUCCCUAAAGGAUCUGGGCAGUCGAAAGAUUUUAAGACCAAAAAAAUAUUUGUCGGCGGCAUUCCAUCUUCUGUCACAGAAGAUGAGUUCCAGGAGUUCUUUUCCCAGCAUGGAACAGUUGUAGAGCAUCAAAUUAUACGUGAUCAUGAAACAAAUCGUUCACGAGGAUUUGGGUUUAUAAUUUUUGACUGUGAAGAAGUAGUAGAUGAACUGUUAUCAAAAGGAAAUAUGAUUGAUAUGGCUGGUACCCAGGUGGAGAUCAAGAAAGCUGAACCCAAGAAACCCUCAAACCUACCACCACCUGGUCCUGCAUAUGGUAGCAACUCUAGGAGUCGUUCAUUCAAUGACGGCUUUGCUGCUGGUGGAUACUCCAGCCCCUAUGGGGGUUUUGAUGGAGAGUUUGGCCCCGGACCUUAUAGAACACCUGGGGGUAUGGGUAGUAGGCUUGGCGGUGGUGGAUAUGGCUAUGGUAAUGGGGGUCCAGAAUAUGGUGGUGGUGGUUAUGGUAACUUUGGAGGUAGUGGCAUUGGAGGUUACCGAGGUGAACCCUCACUUGGGUAUUCAGGUCGUUUUGGACCUUAUGGCGAUGGCUUUAGUGGAGGCUAUGGCGGCGGUAGUGGGUUAGGAGGGUACGGUCGAGGGGGUGAUGGGUAUGGCGGUUAUGGAAGUGCUGGUGAAUCUGGUCCAGGUCCUAGCUAUGGAGGAGGAGCAGGUGGUGGUGGUGGUGGUCUGUAUGGCCGGGGAGGCUAUAGUGGCAGUAGUCGUUAUCAUCCUUAUGCGAGAUAGAAGGGCAUUUCGAUGCAGUUGCUUAAGCUUUUGCAUAGACGCGUAUGUUAUCCACCAGGAUCCUCUCUAGUUUAAAAAAAGUCUCAAGCAAAGGGUAGGCAACAAUUCCCUACAUGCUCUAGAAGUCUCUCCUCCGAAGCUUUCAGGACCAGAAUCCAGUUUGAUUACAACUCUUAUUCUGCUGUAUUCUUUUCUCUAGAAAGACUUGAUAGUUACUUACUGCCCUUAUGCUGAACUAUUUCUAGCUGGUUUUCUAUGAAGAUGGUGCUGUAGACUGUAGCAAACCUUGGGGUUAAGCGUGUUGGUUCCUCUCUUAGUGCAGUUUUCCCAGAUAGAAUUGUGUUCGUGUAUGUAGUAUCAUAGUAUGUAGUAUGUGUUAUUGCUCAUCUGUUUUUCAGAUAUUACUUGUUUAGCUAGCUGUUGGGACCUUCUAUGCUGAUAUUAUUUCUUGGUGUUAGUUCUGUGUGUAAUGGAGGUAUAUCGGUAUAGAUGCCUCAGUAGAGGCUGUUUAGCUUCAGCUGGUUUGAUAUCGUUGCAACUUGCAAAUUAGGUAUAGAGGCCUCAGUAGUGGGUGUUCGCCCUUCGCAAACUGUUAAAAACAAUAAUGGAGUCGAUCAUUUAUACCAGUGAUUUAGCUGAUAGACAACAAUAUUGUGCUCUCUUAUGUCUUGAUUUCCCUAGCAAUUCCUUGAAUAAUUCUUUUGUUAAUCUAUUACCAUAUAGUGGAAUGUACAAUUUCGGGAUCUA